CGUAAAAAGUCAGAGUCCCGACCCAUACCGUUGGGCGACGGUCUCGAAGUAUUCCCAUUGCCCGUCAAGUGUGCGGUUAUUGGCGACUGUUCGGUGGGCAAAACGUCCAUGCUCAUCUCAUAUACAACCGGAUCAUUUUGUACACAAUAUGUGCCCACAAUAGAAGCAGACAAUGAAGACGUCGGUCUCCAAGUAUGUCAAAUACCGGAGCCGUCGCAUGUCGUCCAGACCCGCGGUGUCGCACAACUCCAGGUCCACCAGCACUCCAUCGCAUACCGCACAAAAUCAGAUUUGCGAAACAAUUACGAUAUACUGCGAGAGUUGUCCCAAACGGGAGAGACACCGGUCGAGCGGCAAACCGGUCAGCGGUUUGCGGCCAAACACGGGGCCGUCAAAUACCUGGAGUGUUCGGCGGCCACCAAAUUAGGGUUAAAUCAAAUAUUUGACGAAAGUAUCCGAAAAGUGCUUGAAUUACAUAGAUUUCCAGUGAAACACAACAAAGCGUGCUUUACGUGUACGCUGUCUUAG